AUGCUGCCCCUCGACGUCCUGCUCGUCCUCUUCACCUUUAUCAACGCCAUCGUCCUGGCUGCCAAGCUGCGCGCUCCCAACUGCGGCAACAUCCACCCGGCCGACCUCCCCGGCGGCUGGAUCGGCUACGGCUCUCGCGACACGGAGAAGCGCUGCCGCGAGAUCCAGGCCUGCACCGCUUUCAUGUGGUUCCUCUGGGCCACUGCCUCUGCUGCUCUGUUCUUGACCGUCAGGGAGGCUCGCGCCGGCGGCCUCGGCCGAUCCAUCCGCUCCGCUGUCUAA